GAAUCACAGCGCAUUAUGUCGUUCACAGAAGCCGACGACUCGACCAUCUUCACGCCAGCAACACCCCCGGAAAGCGUUGCCGGCGGCUUCUACGACGACGACAAAUACACUACUAAAAGCACUCCGACACCGCUCCCCGGCCACACGUACAUGAUCCGGUCGCUCGCAAGCGGAGAAGUCAUCACAUUAAAAGACGGGAACAUCGUGCUAGCGCAGCCCGACGGGCGCGCAUCGCACUGGGUCUGCGAGGACGAAGGCGGCUGGCUGGGCUUCCGUAACGGCGUGUCGGGGCGGUUCCUCGGGCGCGACGGCGACUGGAACCUCAGCUGCUUCGCGACGUGGCACAAAGAGUGGGAAAUGUUCCGCGUGUGCGCGAGGACGCCGCGGGGAAGCGUCUUGUUUAUUCAGAGCUGGUAUUGGUUCAAGCUGAUUUUGCGGCCCGUGGGAAUGAAGGUGGAGAAUGAGACGCGAAAGCUGGCGAUGAUUGAGAAUGGGGAGCCGGAUGAGGCGCUUUGGGAGUUUGUUGAGGUUUAGGUCGGUUUGGAUGCUGCCCGUAGUUGUUAGGUAGCUCGCCACGGCGCGCCGCAAAGGAAUGAUUUAUGCUUGGCAACAGUAU